CCGUUUUAUCCAUACUAGGACCCUCAGGGAAAGUGGACGAUGGUGGCUCCCAAUAGAUGUGUACCUGUCAAUUUGGGAUCUCGACUGGACGAACCACAAGUACUCCCCACGACCGGAAAUAGGGCUAACGGCGGUUGGCACAGAACAACCACAGACACGAUGCGGCUUCAGGAUCUAUCCCUUCUUCCCCACUGGGUAAUUCGACGUCCACGGCAUCAAACUGGAGAAUUUCACCAUUUCGAAAGAUUUAGAUGCAAAAUGCGAACGUCGAACAACACAUGGCAGAUGCCACAUCAGACGGAUGAUGGAAGACUGAGUAACGGCAAUCAGAUUACGGUUGAAAACUGGGGUUUGGUCAAAACCACUGGGCUACUGGCCCCUGGGCGCCAAUGUCGUCUUUGUCUGAUGGUGUACCAAGUCGGCCAAUCAGUGAGAAGGCUACAACCUGGCUGUCAACAUAUCUUUCAUUCAGCCUGCAUUGAUCCAUGGUUGUUACACCGUUCGUCAACAUGUCCGCUGGACGGAAUUCAUGUCACGCCCUUAGCUUCUGUCUCUAAGGAAUCCCCACUUGGAGAGAACUAUAUACAUAGCAGAACGACAGCAAUACUGCCUGAAAUACAAGGAGUGAAGUUGAAUGCUAGCGACUUUAGGAUACACGUGCCAAAACCAGCCCCGAGAGCAAAGUUACUGACAAGUCCGAGGAAAAGGAUUGCGGCAACAAGUGGCAAGCCUUCGGCCAGUUUCGAGCACAACCUGAGUGUCGUCGGACAGGGUGUAACCGCAUCAACCGCGCAUCCAGAGCUAGGCUCAGUGGGUAUCAGAAAACCAACCCAAGACACAUUUGGUGUUGAAAAUGCUAAAUUCUAUACCAAUGACCGUUAACUGUUGGCUCUUGCAGAUUAUAUUGCUACCUUUCCCUCAAUGGAUGUCACCUGACGCAUGAAACUACCUGUCUCGUUUUUCAGAAUAAGCAAGGAUUCCUGGAAGUUAUGUUGAAUAUGCAGCAGGGUAUAUAUACGCCAUCUUGCAACUUAUCCUUCGUUGGAGGCUGGUGUUUUAAAAGUGCGACUUCGGUGAUGUCCACUCUUUCAUCAUACAAAUGUACUUUGAACAGAAGGAAAUAGUUUUACAUUGUACUGCAUUCUUCCUGUUGUGGAGCAACAUCUAUCUUAUUGUCCGCGGACCGGUUUUAUAUAUAGUGAUUUCUUCCUCAGAAGUAAUCAGCUUACAGUGUAUUAUAACCUUGACCAAUAACUAAUUUACCACGAAUCUCUUGCCCUUACUUCACUCCAGUGGAGCACUUUAUUCCAG